AUGUCCGCCCACCCGUGCGCUUUCGUCUCGUCAUCCAUUGUAGAAGUCGGCUUCUUCUCCUUCUUCUUCUAUUCCAUUCUUUCUUCCGCAUCGAGCAUCACUUGCGCGCCUGGUAGCUUGGGGAUAGCUGGUAUCAGCGAGCGGAUAGUUAGACAUUGUGCGACCAUGUUGUUCGCAAGUUCUUGGGCGGCCGUGUGCCUUUUGGCGGCGAGUCUGACGGGUGUUUCUGCGAGGUCUGGGGGUUUGACCGAGGAUCCGGAUAUCAAGGCGAUUUCGUUACGGACACACAGCCUCGAACCUCCAUACCUUGACUCGGACAUGCAAAGUCGAUGGUGGGACUUUGGCGGAGACACAAUCAUUCGAACCGACAAAUACAUUCGACUUGCGUCAGACAAGCCCUCACGUGACGGCUGGAUCUUCUCAAGAGUGCCUCUGACUGCUACAAACUGGGAGAUCUUAGUCGAGUUCAAGAUCCAUGGACAAGGCAACCUGUUCGGCGAUGGCUUUGCCAUGUGGCUCACCAAACAACGCGCACAGCCAGGAAAUGUCUUCGGUCACACCGACCACUUUGAGGGUCUGGGUGUCUUCUUUGACACCUAUAAGAACAAUCGUCCUGGCACCGUGUUCCCCUACGUCAUGGCCAUGAACGGAGACGGAAAAACAUCCUACGACAAGGGCAAUGAUGGCAAGGCCAACGAAGUCGCUGGAUGCUCCGCCCGCGGUAUCCGCAACCCCCAGAUUGCUACCAAAGCUCGCCUCACCUACUUCCAAGACAAAUACCUCCGCCUCGAACUCCAAUACAAAGCAGAAGAUGAAUGGACGCAAUGCUUCGAAAUUCCGAAGUUCAAGGUCCCACCCGUUGCUUACCUGGGCUUCUCCGCCGAGACUGGUGAACUCAGCGACAACCACGACAUCAUUUCCAUCAAAUCGCACAAUCUGUACCAGAAGAACCCCGGGGGCAACACCGCAGGCACUUCUGGUUCCUCGGCGCCAAAGAGCGGAAGCAGCAUGACGCGCGAGAAGGAAGGUGGUAGCUGGACGUGGUUCCUCGUCAAGUUUGUCAUGUUUGGACUUGCGCUUACGGGAUUGUACGUCGGGUACACUGUUUACAGGACAAGGCAGAGAGAUAGGUUCUAG